UUUUAUCAGUUAAGUUCACCACUUUGAUAUAAAAUAUUCAUGUUAGUUAAACGACUUUAUUCAGCUGCACCGAGCAAAAGGCAGCCGAAAACUUCCUCCUUUUGUCUGUAUUACUGUUACUUUUUUGUGUUAAAAUUUAAUUGGAACCGGUAGAAAAUAGUCGGGGGGUAAUAGAAAACAUUUUUUUGCACAUUGUCGAGUCCAGUUAUUCAUCUUUAAUCGAAACAAUUUAUGAUCGUGAUAGCGCGUGAAUAGAUUGCCUAAGGUUAGAAUCCAUGCUGUAUUUAUAUAAUAUAUAUUAUAGGUAUUAUUAUAGUGUAUACUGUAUUUAUAUAUAUAUUAUACGUAUUAUUACAAUGUAAUUCAGUUUAUAUCCAAGAUCGGCGCUGAAUAAUUCUUGAUCAAAAGCUUGAUUUCCAAACGAGGCUAGUUGAUAAGUACUGUCGUUAUAUAAUAGUUCACCGUGUCUGUGAUGCGCAUUCUCACGUAAUGCCGCUGCGGAAGGGUUGGUAGCUCUUAUUAAAGUCUAUUAAUCAUAAAACUAAAUUCUCAAAAAUAUCAUGUCUACAUUUACUUGUUGAUAAAUACCCUGUUUUUAAUGUGUACUUUUCUCGUAAUCUGCGAUCUUAUCAAACGAAUAACUGAAUAAGAAAACAAAAAAUGAGACGAAAUGAGGGAAUUAGAGGCAUUCUUAGAUAAUAGAUCAAAAACAUACAUUAGAAAGCAAAGCAAGAUUAUCGUCAGAUGAUAAGCAGUGUCCAAUUGUUUAAAUACUGGCCCUUGCCGGCUGGCGCGUGUUUUUUCAAAUAUUCACUUCUAAUUAUUGCACACAAUAUAACAAUUCUUGCGCUUUUCAGGGACAAUUUUCCUCCUUUUCAAAGCUUAGUUUAGCUUAUGAAGCAUGUGAUCUAUUAACACAUCGUGUUGGUCGCAGAGAAGCUCUUAACGGCCACGUGGAUUCGUCGUGAAAAAACUAUUCCUCCUUAUAUUUGUAUCUGAGGUCAAAGAAAUAAAGAACAGGACAAAAUGACAUUAAUAAACGAUCUCGUGGAUGCCCAGAAAACAAGAAAUGUAAAAUGGGCUAACAAGAUUUGGUACAUAAUCUAUUUGUUAUAAUGAAUUCUUGUACAAAAUGGUAAAUGACAGCGAUAAUAUAAAAUAUAUAAGAACUAGACAACACGAGAAUCUGCAUCCCAAUUGCUUAUUUCAUUAAAACGAAAACCAAUCAAGAAUUCCUUCCAGCUCUGACUGCGAGAUAAUUAAAAGACAGAAACAAAAAAAUACUGAUCAUUCGCCCAUCAGUGAAGUUGUUUGAUUCACGGACCAAGUGAAUGUUUUCUUUUGUUUCUUCAGCGACACGGAUGUAAACGUUGUUUUGAUCACUGACUACACUCUACAACCACAUAUUUUAGUCUUCAAAUGACGGUCACCAUAGUAACGACAAGCAACCGGACAGGACUGAUAGAAAUCAUAGUUUCCUGACUCAAGGUUGACAUGUACUUCUUUGAGUAUAGUGUGUUUUGUUUUGGACUCGCAUCGAAGUGAUCUUUUAAGCAUACAUUACGGAAGAUAACACGAUCAAUAAGGAUUGGUCAAAAAUUGCAUCAAGGACUCCCCUACUGAACUCAUUUCUUUCAACACUUGAAAAUUACACAAAACGUUUUUGACUAGUGCUUUGAUUGCAAUCCGGCCUGCUGAGCACUUUUCCUAUAAAUUAAGAAUUUCGUCAGUAGCAACAUCGCCACACACUCUAUCAAACAAUAACAUGUUGGGUAUGUUUCCUGAAUGAAUUUGUAUGUUUACAAAAUUUCGAUUAUUCACUUUGAAGCAAAUGGUUUAAUACAUUUCUUUUCGUGAUGGUGACCAAGGUACAGUAUAUCAAUAUAUAAAAAGCUAUUCACUUGUUAUACUACCUACACUCCCUUGUUUCCCGCCGUCAGCCUGCAGCAAAACAGACUUAAUAUGCAACGUGGAUUAGUAAAUCCCCUUUCAAACCUAGUUAAACGUCAUACUGACGUCACGGCUUUUAAGAGACCUGAUUGGUCAAGGAUAUCAUAUACGAUAGUCCAAUAGCAAGUGAGUUGUUGAUUUGAAAUCAUCAUUAGUUUAUCAUAAAGCACGCGUAGGUUGGGAGUGAAUAUUAUUAAGCGUUGGACUAGAUCAGGUUCACAGUUGGCCAAGACAUCACCAAGAUUGCAUCUGGGACUUCUUCCCUCCCAGAACACCAAGCAAGACUAAGGAAAAACUGUAAACACUUUCAGCUUUUGAAGGAUUAAGGUCCUUAGGCAGUGAUAAUUCUUUUUCUUUUCCGUCAAGUCGUUUUAUUUAAAGUCAGCGAUGAUGUUGAACGAGUCAAUGUUGAAUGGCUCGCAUGGAGGUACACGGCCACAAUACACGAAUCCUGCAAUGGACGUUUCGUUAAUUGUAUUAAGUGUUCUGAUUCUAGUGAUAAACGGCAUCGUCAUCUACUUGUUCUUUUCCCGGGAAUAUCUACAAACUAAAACAAACAGUCUGUUGGUGAGUCUCUCUGUUAGUGAUCUUACAGUUGGAUUACUUGGUAUUCCUUUGUACAUAGCAUGUAACUGGACAAGGGUUGACCAAAUCUGUUUCGCGUCUGCUGCAACCUAUCGCCUGCAGGCUGUUUCUGAGAUGGCGCACAUCUUUAUGACAACUCUUGAACGAUACAUUUACGUGAUGUACCCGAUGAAGUAUAUCCGGAUUGUAACAGCCCCUCGUAUUCUGAAUCUCAUGGGUUGUGUGUGGUGUUUCUCUCUCUUCAUUACAUUCAUUCAAGUCGCCUGGAAUGACCCAAACGACUUCUUUUACAAUUUGAAUGCGAAUCCUACCCGAAGGUUAUGCUCGAUUGUCUACAACUGCUUCACCAUUGUAGUUUGUUUCCUUAUUCCCCUUAUCAUCAUGAUCAUUAGUUACUCAAGGAUGUUCGAUGUCAUUCACCGGCAGAUCAAAGAAAUCCAUCAGCAGAAUUACCCCAGGGGGGCUGCUGGAUCUUCCCAGCGUACCCCAGUCGCCACAGAAGCAAGAGCAGUGUCUAUCUUUGCCCUGAUGUUAUCAGUCUUUACCUUAGCCUGGUCGUCUUGGUAUAUCAUCGGUAUUGGAGUUUAUUUUAAGCAGUUCUAUUCUGCCCUCCCCCUUCCUCUCAUGGAAUUUUUACACUUCUUUCGCUUCGCUGUUGCAUAUAUAAACCCAAUUUUAUACACCUUUCUAAAGAGAGACUUCUCGCGCGCGUUGAAAUCGCUCGUGAACCGUGAGGGACUGAGACGGGAUUUUGUUACAGCUACUCAUAUGCGAUCGCGAGGAUUUGCGUCGAAUUCACUGCAAACACGAAUGUCUAAUUCAUACGGGGAUGACACCCCUAUCAACAUGAAUGGACAUACUGCCUAAAGCUGGUUUUGAAUAUGGAAUGAAGUACCCCAUGGCAGGACUACUGAUAAGCGAUUGUGGACACCAAGGCAAUGCCAACCAUGAAUAAACAAGUAAAUAACACUUGACUAAAACGAACUUGUAUCCUUGGGAUAUUAACAAACGAGACGCUGGAAUAUAUGGCACUAAUUCUAUUUAGUGAAAAAGAAAUGUUAACAAAACGACAAAAAUAAACACAGAUGACAAUUCGUAUCAGUAACAGCAACAAUGUGGUAUUGAAUCAUGGAAUAAUUUUCCCUUCUGUAUUUGUGUAAACAAUGUAGUUGGAUACGUAAGCACAGCUGAAUUUACCAACACUCCGUAAAACUGUCAUUACAAAAAUGAUCUCAAUUAUCAAAGUCGACAAAGACCUGCCUGGCUGAGAUUUAAACAUCUUAUUCUAGGAAUAAAACAAUCCCUUCAAAAACAUGAAAUAUAGUCAUUGUAAAGAGUGACAUUUUAAUGCGUAAUUUAUAAGACACUCGUUUCUUUUUGUAUCAUAAAGUCUUGUGGUCAUGUCUAAAGUGGUUUCACCCGAAGGGGUUUAGCAAAGCCCAUCAGACAGACCAAAGAGUGUACGUUAAAGAUAUAGACUUUUAAUCAACAAGUCAGAAAAUACCAUUAUUAUGCAUAAGGAUGGCUUUUGGCAUAAAUAAAAUGUUUAUUUUGUAAAACUAUCACAACAAUCAAGCAUCGGGCGUGGCCUAAGUCCGAUGACUAUAUUGAUUCCUCUGAAAUGAUGGAAGUAAUUGUUAUCAAAAUUGAUAUCUUUUUGUUUUUUGAAGUGUUUGUGUGGUUAAAUUGGCUUUCGUUUUCAAAUGGUAAUAAGAAAAUGACAAAAGCAAAUAUAAACAUAUAUUGGAUGUGUUCUGAAGGCGUUGAUUUGCCUCAAGUCAACUUAUCUCAGCGAUGAAUAGAUACUACAGCAUCUUGUCGUUUCACCUUGACAGACUACAGUCGCCAAUACCAUUUACUUCCUACUAUUAAUGGAACUGACUGUUAUUCAACGUUUAGUUUAAUCCUAGAAUUCAACUAGAUAAAACACUGUAAAUAAAAUUAACUUAUAGAUCAGCACAUGACAGUAGUUUUAAAUAUCUGAAGAGAAUGAAUUAUAAAUAAAUAAAAUCAACGAUUUUUGUCAUGACUAUCUUUAUGCGUUUCCUCUGCAACUGAGAUUCGCGUACUGACUCGUUAUUUUCAUGCUUUGUAAUAAAACACGCAUAAUUUAGCCCAUCUAUUUUUGCUCGAAUUUCACCUUAAAAGAUUAUGUUAAAGAACAGAGGUUCCAGUCAUUUUAGCGUUGCAUCAAAAGUGCGGUUUUCUAAAGAGGUAUGACUGGAGAUACGCCAAUAAUCGCGGCUUCAAGUGAAAACCUGUUUUGAAAGGCCGUUUUGCAUCCUUCAAAUGGAGAGGGUAUCGUCCGCUUAUUUUACACAAAGCUUGCGGCUUGAGAUGGGAGGUUUGCUAAGCUUUUUCGUUAAAGACCGGAAAAUCAAAAUUUCAAGAUUUUAUGGAACUAUUAAAGGGGGUUCUCAGUUUCACUUGCUGUAGUUGUGAUGGCGAUGCUUGUUAAUAGAUAUUAAUGAUGCUUGACUCUAAAUCAAAAACUCUACAUGAUGGGUGAUACUGGACAAAAAGGAAAGCAAGUAUCAAUUGUUCUCUCGUAAUCAUUACUGAUUUCUCUCU